AUGGAGGGGCACAACUUCACAGCGGUGACCAAGUUCAUUCUGCUGGGCAUCACAGUUCACCCUGAGCUGCAGGCCCCACUGUCCUUCCUGUUUCUCAUCAUCUACCUGAGCUCACUGCUGGGCAACCUGGGCAUGAUUGUCCUUACCCUGGUAGACCCCAGGCUGGAAACUCCCAUGUACUUUUUCCUCAGACACCUGGCUCUCACUGAUCUCGGCUAUUCUACAGCUGUGGGGCCCAAAAUGCUGGCUAAUUUUGUUAUGGAUCAAAAUUCAAUCUCAUAUAAUUGUUGUGCUACACAGCUGGCUUUCUUUCUUUUGUUUGUUGCUUGUGAGCUUUUUAUUUUGUGCUCUAUGUCCUAUGACCGUUAUGUAGCCAUCUGUAACCCUCUGCUCUACACUGUGGUCAUGUCACCAAGGGUGUGUUGGGUACUAGUGGCUAUUCCCUAUCUCUACUGCACAUUUGUGUCUCUUUUGAUCACUACAAAGAUUUUCACUUUGUCCUUCUGUGGAUACAAUGUCAUCAAUCAUUUCUACUGUGAUAGUCUUCCCUUGUUAUCUUUAGUUUGCUCAGACACACAUGAAGUUGAAGUGAUGAUGCUAAUCUUAGCAGCUUUUAACUUGAUUUCCUCUCUCCUUGUGGUCCUCGUGUCCUACCUGCUCAUCUUCAUAGCCAUUCUCAGGAUGAACUCUGCAGAGAGCAGACGCAAGGCCUUCUCCACCUGCGGGUCCCACCUGACCAUGGUCACCAUGUUUUAUGGGACCCUGAUAUUUAUGUACAUGCAGCCCAAGUCCAGUCACUCCUUUGACACUGACAAAGUGGCUUCCAUAUUUUACACCCUGGUCAUCCCCAUGUUGAAUCCUUUGAUCUAUAGCUUGAGAAAUAAAGAUGUAAACUGUGCCCUACGAAAAGCACAGAAAAAGCUGUGCAAUAUCUUUUCUUAA